CUAUAUAUUAGUUCUACAUGUUCACUCACCCUCUUAUCUAGAAUUUAAUUCACAUGAUGAUAUCAUAUCUAUUUGAAUUUCUGUUAGUCCUUCUCCUUAUCAUUGCCAAUACAACCCUUUCAGCUUAUAUCCCUCAAUUCUCUCCAUCUUUUGGCAAACAAAUAAUGAAAGAAAAUGCAUGGAAAAACAAAUUAGAUUCACAAUUAUCAUCGACAGAGAUUCAAAACCUAUCUCAAAUAAAAAAAUUCUUGUCCGAUUUCGGCUACCUCAAACAAGAUGUAGAGUGGUUUGACAAUGUUUUAGACAAUGAAACAAUAUCAGCUAUUAAAACCUACCAACAAAAUUUCAAUCUUAAAGUAACCGGCAACAUAACCAUCGAGGUUUUAAAACAUAUGUCAUUUCCACGAUGCGGUGUCCCUGAUUUGAAUCUUGACAAUGGCUUCGAUACACCUAAUGUAGCGUGGCCGAAAGGGAAUAAAUGGUUCCCUAAAGGAAAGAAAAAUCUUUCCUAUGGUUUUCUUCCAGGGAGUGAAAUCUCAUUGGAAAUGAUGAUAGUGUUGAAAAAUGCCUUAACGAGAUGGUCAAAGGCCACAAAGGUAAUUAGUUUCACGGAGACAAAGUACGAUGACGCUGACAUUAAGUUUGGGUUCUACUAUUUCGGCAAUAGAACAGAGGAUGUUAUUGUUGGGUACACUUUUAUUAUUUCGCAACAAAAUUCUAAAAGAAAGUCAGGUGAGAUAUGUUUUGACGGUUCAGAGUCCUGGGUGUUACCAAAUGAUGAUCACAUUUGGUCGUGGCAAAUUGACUUCGAGACUGUGGCAAUGCAUCAAAUAGGUCAUCUGCUUGGACUUGAUCACUCUUUUGACGAAGAGUCUGUUAUGUAUCCUACCAUAUUGCCAUCACAACCAAUUAAGGUGGAAUUAACACUUUCAGAUAACCAAAACAUUCAACAACUCUAUACCCAAUUCAACCCCACUUCUGGUUAUGUUAGGUGUUUUAGUUUCUUUGGCUCCAGUUACGGUCUUUCUUCUUCAUUGUUACUUGGAUUUGUUUUCGCGUUUCUGUUUAAUUAGCUUAUUUAAUUAUAAUCGUUUAAGUGUUUCGAUGUUUAAGUGAUUCACUUUUGUUUAAGUUAUUUAAUUUCUCCCUUUUGGUAAGAUUUCAUUUGAAUAAUUCUCUCUUUAA